GUUACUGCUGUGGAACGGGUUUUAGAGGAAGGACAGCCACGUGUUGUGACAUCCCUCGCAAGUUCCACUUUUCAUUUUACAAACCUUUUUUUGGUUAGUUGGUUGCAUUUGGCAAUUUUUAAAACUAUGUAGGCACCAUGUUUCUGUUGGAGGCUGUGAUUUGGAAGCCAUGGCAAACCGGGAGCGAAACAAACGGGUCUUACUGGAGCUGGUGAAGCUGCCGGAGAACAGUCACUGUGCAGACUGUGGAGCACCAGAUCCAGACUGGGCAUCUUACAAGUUGGGUUUGUUUGUGUGUUUAACGUGUUCUGGCAUCCACCGCAACCUAUCCAGCCGAGUAAAGUCCAUAAAACUUGACUACUGGGAAGAUGAGCUUGUGGAGUUUAUGAAAUCAAGUGGCAAUGCCAGAGCUACAGCUUUGUAUGAAAAAGCACUUCCUCCAUACUACUACCGUCCCCAGCAGACUGACUGUGCCGUUUUAAGAGAGCAGUGGAUCCGAGCCAAAUAUGAAAGGACGGAAUUCACAGGAGAAACAAAGUAUCCACCUCCGUCGUAUACCACAGGCUUCUAUGAAGGGACGCUGUGGAAGAAAGGAAAGGAGAACAUGCACUUCCUCAAGAGGAAGUUUGUUCUGUCGGAGCGAGAUUUUACUUUGGUUUACUACAACAAGGAAAAUGAGUCCAAAGGCCCAAAAGCAGUCAUCGCUGUCAGGGACUUGAAUGUCACUUUUCAACCAGAGAAGAUAGGUCAUCCCCAUGGGAUGCAGAUUACUUACCUCAACAAAGACCGCACCAGGAGCCUUUUUGUUUAUCAUGAGAGCCCUGAGGAAACAGUCACAUGGUACAACGCCUUUCGUGCUGUUCGCUAUGCAUACCUAAAGACGGCAUAUCCGACCGGAACUGAAGCGGAUCUCAUACCAAAUAUUAUGCACAAUUACCUUAAAGAGGGAUACAUGGAAAAGACAGGGCCUCUGCAAAAAGAACCAUUCAAGAGGAGAUGGUUCAUUUUGGACUCUCAAAACAGGAAGUUGCUCUACUUCAAAGGCCGGAUGGACGCAGAGGAGCUAGGGGUCAUCUUCAUUGGCACAGAAAGCAACGGUUACUCUGUUGGCGACCAUGCGCCAAACCACACUCGUGGAAACAAGUGGAAGUUUGGCCUCACCGUGGAGACGCCUGAGCGGCAAUUCGUAUUCAUGUGCGAGUAUGAGGGGGAGCAAAGAGAGUGGCUGGAUGCCCUCGUGCAGGUCAUGUCCAGGCCCAUGGCACCACAGGAUUAUACCACUGAGGCCAACAUCAGGAAUAAAAGAUGAGCAUUGGAGGUGUGACAGGAAAUGAAGCAUUGUUGUAUACACUAGUAGAACAUUAAUGGCAAAUCAUUGUUAUCAUUUUGCUCAAUAAAAUGACCGUUACU